CCCUGGUUUGGUUUUCUCGUGCUAUUCCGCUUUCACAGGGGAGACUGACGGAGAUACCCGAACGAACUUUCGACUAGGCGGCACGAUGCGCACGCAUCCAACAGUAUCCCUUGCGCGUUCGGUGGGGCUCGGUAAUGGUCGGAGAGUAUUUGGCCGGUUCGUUCUGUCGAGCCGACAACAAGCACAGUAGAUUGUCGACCGACAACCCUUUCGCGUGCGAACAUGUCUCGCCGCGGUUGAGCAAGAGCUCCUUUUUUUUUCUUCAUCGUUUUUUUUAUCCUACGUCUGUCUCGACUUGAACGUUAAUAUAAACAGUGCCAAGAAAACUAGAGCGUACUAGAUCGUAUAGAACGUCUCGCACCUGCCGAUACGUAUCGACGUUUCGUGGUUAGCAGUGUGUGACACGUCGAGCCGUGUCUAUUGUCUCACUCUCUUUCCACAUAUAUAUUUCCCCAACCCUCUCUGUCUCUUUCACUUUUUUCUCUGUUCGUGAUCACUCGGAAAAACAUGGAUGAGGCCAAUGGAAAAAUGCGAAGCAAACACGAGGACGUUGAUGCUACGUCCCUUAGUGCCGACAUCCUGAACCCCUUCGUGCAUCGUCUCGAGCUCGACACAACCUACGACAAGCUCAAGACGGCAUUCCUGACUGUGGCUCUCCUACCAUUCAGACUAGCCGCAAUUACGGCUCUGGUGAUCAUGGCCUGGCUUCUGGCUUGUCUAGGCCUUCUUGGAUUGUCCGAGGAAGAUCUUCGACGCGCACCUUUGACGGGGUGGAGACGAGACAUGCGAAUUGUGAUCUGCUGGAUGAUGCGAGCAUUGUUCAUCUGCGGUGGAUUUCAUCACCUGAAGGUCAAAGGUCGUAGAGCAGAAUCAAAGGAUGCCCCCGUGUUAGCCCUAGCCCCGCAUUCAAGCUUCUUCGACGCACUCCCGGUUGUUUACCUCGGCGGACCGAGCAUCGUCGCCAAAGCGGAAAUCGGGCGCAUUCCUUUUUUCGGAAAACUUAUCAACUAUACGCAACCAGUCUAUGUUUGGAGAGAAGAUCCAAAUUCACGACAAAAUACGAUCAAGGAAAUUAUCGAAAGGGCUACUUCAAAAGAAGAUUGGCCACAG